AUGUCAUUACCAGGUACGAUGAAAGCAGCAGUGACUGAAGGCGACAGUGUCGUCGUUAAAAGCGGUGUUCCUGUACCACCAGUUGGUGACGAAGGAAUUUUAGUCAAGGUGCAAGCAGUUGCUGGUAACCCAACAGACUGGAAACAUGCGACAUACAAAAUUGGCCCGCAGGGAUCCAUUGUCGGUUGUGAUGUAGCGGGUAAAGUUGUCAAAGUGGGUCGUAACGUGAAAAACUUCAAAGUUGGGGACGAGAUAUAUAGUGUUGUUCACGGUUCCUCGGUCAAGCAUCCAGAGAACGGUGCAUUCGCGGACUAUUCAGUUUUGGACAGUAAUAUAUCGCUGAAGGUUCCAAGCGGUGCCACACUGGGCGGCAAGGAAUUCAUCCCCGCGGGUCCAGUGAGAUCUAUUGAGGCAGCUGCUUCGCUGCCUGUUUCCCUCUUUACCGCAGGCCAAAUUUUAACCUAUAACAUGGGUUUGAAAAGGGAAUGGGAGCCUGCAAAACCGCAGCACGACUAUCCGUUGUUAGUUUGGGGUGGAGCAACAGCUGUGGGACAGUUAACUAUUCAACUCGCCAAAAAAAUGAACGGUUUCACUAAGAUCAUUGCUGUCGCCUCUAAAAAGCACGAAAAAACCUUGAAAAGCUAUGGGGUAGACGAACUAUUCGACUAUCAUGAUUCAGACGUUAUUGAACAAAUAAAAAAGACGUACGACUACUUGCCUCAGUUGCUGGAUGCCGUAUCUGCGCCUGAAAGCUUCACUCAAGUUUACAAACUAGGUUCAAAAGAUGCUCCUACAACUCUGUUACAGUUAACAACCAUGAACGAGGAAAUCAUCAAACCGGAAGAAAGAAAUCCAAACGUCAAGGUUGAAGGUACAAUGCUCUACUCCGUCACUGGGCUUGAAGUGCCAUUUGGUAACAUGACAAUACCAGCUAACCCUCAAUACAGACAGACAGCCAUCGAUUUCAUACAGUUCAUUGAGCCAAAAAUCAACAACGGUGAAAUUUAUCACAUACCACUUCAAACUUUCAAAGGUUUGGACGCCGUUCCCGACAUGUUGAAUGACAUCAAACAGGGUAAGAAUUCAAAUGUUAAAUAUGUGGCAUUGUUUUAG